AUGUCGUGCGAUGGCGAAACGACGUCGUUGGACAGGCAGAUUGCGGAGCCAGAUGCGGGCGCAUUAUCCGGUGCAUCCGGUGAUGGCAUCAAUUUGUACCCUUACAUCCACCGCGACCAAGUAUUUGGUUUGAACGUCGAGCCGCCAGAGUCGGCGAAAGUGCCAAUCAAGCCGUGGGACGCGCGUCUGUCGCUGGAUACAUGUGCAGAAAGUGGCGUAGACGACCAGAUGAUUAUUACGAUUCCAUUUACCGUGCCCGUGCGCAUCCAAAGCAUCCUACUCAAUCCAGGGCUUGGGGAUUUUGCACCCAGUCGAUGCACCGCGUUUGUCAACCGACCGCAUGGGAUCGACUUUGACGAUGUCGCGCAAGCUACAGAGGGUGAUAUGCGGCUGGGGCCGCCAACCAGUGGGCGAGCACAGGCGGAUUUUGCGCUCUUACCCGGGGCUGCCGGCGUCACUGCAUACCCUGUGGGCGCGUCGCGCUUCUCGAACACGAAUAGCGUGAGUCUGAUGCUGUCGGAUUCAGCGACGCAGCAGAGCUCGCACAUUUUCUACAUUGGGUUUAUCGGCAAGGCGCUCGAUGUGAAAAAAGACAGUACGCCGCAAAAUAACGUCGCCGCUGCAGAUUCAUCGACACAUAGUGUGGACGGGAUAGCAGACAAGUACGGCGCAGCAUCUACACCGAGUGUGCGAUAG